AUGCCUCCGAAUAACAAAAAGAAGAAGAAGCCCGCCUCAAACCCAGCUCGUGGCUUUGCCACUGUCUCAGUGCCUUCGAAACCCAAACCAGAGACUACCGAGACUCCUUCCUCGACUCCCGGAGCAGCAACUCCGACGCCGCCAAGUGAAUCGCAGGCCACUCCUACCACCGAAGAUCGUUCACUACCUACUACCACAGCCGGCGCAACACCAGCCGAUGCUUCAUUAAAAAACCUUUCCCCCGAAGAACUAGAAAAACAUCUGGAGGAAUCGGAAUUACAAAUUUUAGUGGAUAAAUUCUCUGCCAGGUGCAAAAGUGAUGCGGCGCGUCAGGUCACCAAGCUUGAUACUGAGAAGCGGGUGUUUCGACAACAAGCGGCGACAUUGACCCUUCUCGAAUGGCUUCCGGUCGAGGUUCAGGAUAGGAUUCUGGAACUGGCCCAUGGGGAGGAACAUGAAUAUCUCACAUCGGGUGCCCGAGGCGCGAGCGCAAAGCAGGCGGGCUCGGAGGAAGAUCUAUACACCAGACUCUGGACCUUGAAAGAAACGCUUCUGAAACUUGGCUUCCCCGAAAACCGAACAGAGGAAGCAUUAAAACAUAUACUCCAAUACUUUGCCGGUGCUCCGGCCAGCGCCAGUCGUGAGGCGGUAUGGAACUUGGACGAGUCGCUAGAGUGGCUGGCCAUGCAUAGUGAGAAGAAGGAGCUUCCUUCAUAUACUCAAAACGCCGGCACAAGGCCCCAGAAGGAUGCGGAUAGUGUUACUUCAUGGAUGAUUGAAGCGGAGCCAUCGCGGUCUUCGACUCCAAAGAGCCAGAACAAACAGGAUAAACCAAAGGAUGACUGGAAAUCUGCCAAGGUUGCGCCUCCCAUUUCUUACGACUCAGAUAGCUCCAUUGAUCCCGAUUCAAUGGUCCCAGAGUGGCUGGAUCUUCAAACACGACUUUACACACUUCAACCAGACCUAUUCGAUCGCCCAGGUAAGGGCAAGAAAGGCCGGGGCAUUGCUGCAUCCGGUCAGUCAGACGACCCAGAGGCGGCGAAGAUGCAAUGGAAGAUCGCAAAAAUUGAACGGGACGUCCUCUUUGAACGGCGAGAGGCUGAGUAUAUCUGGAAAGACAAACUGGAGGAGCUCCGAAAAGAUGCUACGUUUCUGCGUCAGACAUCUGAUCGCAAGAAGCAACAAGAAGCGGCGGCUGCGGAAGAGGACCCCAACCUGACCGUCCCCUCAUUGGAGGAGAUGGAUGACGGACUUCUCGGGGAUAUGUUCCAAGAUGAGCCCGAGAACGGUUCAAUACUAGGUCUGCCCACACCCUCGAAUGUUGCUGCUGUCACUAUUCGAGACUUUGGAAAGUUCUCCGGUCUUAGCCCUCGGCGUAUUCUCGAGGAGACUUGCAAGGCAAGGGACACUGCAUGUAAAAUCGUCUUCCAGGAUAUCUCGUCCUCAAGUCAUCAAAACAGGAAGGCCGUGGAGGUGCGAUGGUCGAAGCCCCAGGAGGUGCCUUUCUCGUUGGCGGUGGAAUCAAUCACUCACAAGUCCAAUGCCUUUGCUACUUUUGUAUCCAUGGAUGCGCUCGCAACACCAAAUUCACAGCAGGCUGAGGGAUACGUAUCAUCACUUGCUCUCUUCAUCAUCUUCCCUCAAAACUCGAAAGAAGGCAAAGCGUUCUUGCGGCUUCCCGCCGUCUGGAGAGAUCUUUGGACAGAGUUUUCCAGUCUUAAGAAGACACAGGAGGAUGAAAUUGACAAGGAGGCGGUUAGAGAUCUCAAGCGCCUUGUUCAGGAGAAUCAAAGUACCCUUGAAGAUGAUGUCGUACUUCUGGACAAUUUCCGAAAGCGAAACGGAGUUGGCAGCAAGCCGGGCAGUCCUAUGAGAGGACCCACUAGAGAUGUUGGCUACCUUGGUCAUGAUGAUCAACUGCCUGAAGCAUGGGCAGCGAAAUCGUCAACUCCUUCAUUCCAUCGGAUGAUGCAAGGCAGAAUGAAUCUUCCUAUUUGGCAUUUCAAAGAUGAAAUCCUCGAUACCCUGGAAACUCAUCGCGUCCUCAUCAUCUGCAGUGAGACCGGAAGUGGAAAGAGUACGCAGAUUCCGUCAUACAUUCUAGAGCAUGAGAUGCUCCAAGGCCGUCCCUGCAAAGUGUAUGUGACGGAGCCUCGUCGUAUUUCGGCAAUCUCACUGGCAAGACGAGUUAGCGAAGAGCUCGGAGAAAGCAAAAACGACGUUGGAACUACCCGAUCCCUUGUCGGCUUUGCGGUAAGAUUGGAAAGUAAGAUCAGUUCGACGACUCGUCUAGUAUAUGCAACUACUGGUGUUGUCGUGCGGAUGUUGGAGCGACCAGAUGACUUCCAGGACAUCACCCACGUUGUUUUGGAUGAGGUCCACGAACGCACUAUUGAUAGUGAUUUCCUACUUGUCGUUCUCCGCAGGCUGAUGUUGAAGCGUCCCGACUUGAAACUUAUCCUCAUGUCUGCCACGCUUGAAGCACAGCGCUUCUCCACUUAUCUAGGCGGUGUUCCGGUGCUGAACAUCCCUGGUCGAACAUUCCCUGUUGAAAUGAAGUAUCUCGAAGAUGCAGUAGAGCUGACUGGCUAUCGCCUGUCUGAAGACGAGAAAAACACCGUGCUCGAUGAUGAUCCAGACGAGAUUUCAGACAACACCGGAGACAACACAGGAGGACUUCAAGCAAGUCUCGAGGGUUACUCCAAGCAAACUCGGGAGACUAUCGUCAAUUUCGAUGAAUACCGGAUUGAUUAUCAACUUAUCAAAAGGCUUCUGUUGAAGAUUGCUACAGCGCCGGAGAUGGAGCAUUACAGCAAGGCAAUCUUGGUGUUCAUGCCUGGUUUGGCUGAGAUUCGUCGCCUGAAUGACGAGGUCUUAGCGGAGCCAACUUUCCAAAAGGGAUGGAUUAUCCAUGCUUUGCACUCCUCUAUCGCCAGUGAAGAUCAAGAAAAGGCCUUCAACAUACCUCCCGAAGGCUUCAGGAAAAUUGUCAUUGCUACCAACAUCGCAGAGACUGGUAUCACUAUUCCCGACAUCACAGCAGUUGUCGACGUAGGAACCGAAAAGACCAUGCGAUUCGACGAAAGGAGACAACUUUCGCGACUCGUCGAGUCAUUCAUCUCCCGAGCCAACGCCAAACAGAGGCGGGGUCGAGCUGGUCGUGUCCAGAACGGCAUUUGUUUCCACCUUUUCACCAAACACCGUCAUGAUAAAUUGCUCGCUGGACAACAAACGCCAGAAAUGCUCCGACUGUCGUUGCAAGACUUAGUGCUGCGAGUCAAGAUCUGCAAACUGGGUGAAGUGGAGCCAACACUGCUCGAAGCCCUGGACCCGCCAUCUUCAAAGAACAUCCGACGUGCCAUUGACUCUCUCAAGGAGGUCAAGGCUCUCACCAGCAACGAGAGCUUGACACCUUUAGGCUCGCAACUGGCGAAGCUCCCCUUAGAUGUAUUCCUGGGCAAGCUAAUUAUCCACGGUGCAUUCUUCAAAUGUCUCGAUGCGGCAGUUAGUAUUGCGGCCAUUCUGUCCUCCAAGUCGCCAUUCGUCAACUCAAUGGGUUCCAACACCCAGCGUGAUGCAGCACGCGCGUCAUUCCAAAGAGGCGACUCGGAUCUUUUGACCAUCUACAACGCCUACUGCUGCUGGAAGCGCGCAAGAAGCACACCCGGUACCAGCGAGUUCAGCUUCUGCCGCAAAAACUUCCUCAACCCACAGACGCUACAAAGCAUCGAAGAUGUCAAGAUGCAGCUAGUCGUAUCGAUCGCGGAUACGGGUCUAUUAAACCUGGACGGCGCACAGAAGACCGCUCUCAACCGCGCCCGAUCCGGCGGCCGCCAACGCCAAUUCUUCACCAUACCAGAAGAACACGACCUAAACAGCGCCAACGACACAGUCGUAAACUCCGUCGUCGCCUGGAGCUUCUACCCAAAACUCCUCACCCGCGAAGGCAAAGGCUGGCGCAAUGUGACAAACAACCAAACCGUCUCCUUACACCCGACAUCCAUGAACAAGCACGCCGAUUACUCGGUAAAAUGGCUAUCCUACUACCACAUCAUGCAAGCGCGGAACCGAAACCUAAACGCGCACGAUACGAGCGCCGUGGACGACUUCGCGAUCGCGUUGCUGUGCGGUGAGGCCGAGUUCAAAAUGUACUCUGGCGUUAUCUCGAUCGAUGCCAAUCGCAUUCGGUUCAGUGUGCGGGACUGGAAGUCUAUGCUUGCGUUGAAGAUUCUUAAUAAUCGGCUGCGCGAUCUUCUUGCUUCUACCUUCCGCAAUCCUCAUCGGCCUUUGUCGUAUAAGCAGCAGCAGUGGCUGGAGAUUUGGCAGUUGGUUUUUGCGCAGGCUGGGAAGCGUUAG